CCUCGGUCAGUUAAGGCUGUACGACCCAGUCCAGGGAUCAGAUCUUCGCGGUGAAGAGGAGCGUGUAAUGUAAGGAAACAUGGCCUCCAGUGGAAUCAUUGUAUUCAUUUUCACUGUCCUCUGCAUCUGUGCAGUUAAGAGUGGAUUUAUAAAAGUGGAAUGCAAAGCUGAAAAUGUGGGACACUAUGGCCAACAGUCACUGCUGGAGUGUGUCGUCAAAACAUCAUCAGAUGUAACUGAUCCAAAUAUUCGUGUGGUUGCUUGGAAAAAACUGACCUCUCCAGAAGACGGAGGUGAUCUCGUGUUGGCUUUUCAAAGAGGGAAAUUGGACCAGCCAAAGCGAGGUUACAGGUUUGCUGAACCAUCAUGGAACGAGAAGAACAUGAAUGUAUCUCUGCUCAUUACCAACACUGCAGUGGCAGACAAUGGAGAUUACAAGUGCAUAGUGAUUACAGACAGUGGUGAUGACAGCAUAGUCACUACGCUUAAAGUCCAAGCCAAAUACAGUAUCUCGACUGUAUACUCCAUCCCUGAGAAAAUUGUCCCAAAUAAAGGCAGUACCCUGGUCUGUGAGUCUCAUGGAGGCUACCCAAAGGGAACACUUCGCUGGUUUGAUGAAGAGAAUCAUGACUGGACAAAAAGCUCUGAAAUGGAGGCGACACAGUCAGACGAUGGUUUGUUUCAACUCACAAGCAGACUGUCUUUGUUGGGAGGAUCCACUUUCCCAAAGUAUACCUGCGCUGUGUUCAAUGCCAGUGGAGGCAAAGUGGAUGAGAAAACAUUUGAAACCAACAUACCACCAUCAUCACCCCUAGAAUCUCCAGGGAGUUCUGGCCUCUUGUCACCUUAUACCUCUAAAGUAGUUGCUCCUUUGGUGGUUAUCGGCUCACUGAUCAUAGGGUUGCUGUUGCUGUUGUUGUACAAAAGGCGAUCUCAAAAGACUCGGAGGAACUCUACAGCACCCCUUAUGGGUGGUCGUGAUGCAGUUCCUACAGAUCUUGAGGAAGGUUAUAACUCUCCUGAAGAUGAAUCAAUCAAUCAAGACCAGUCCUGAGGAGGCACCAUGUACCAGAUGAAUAUACUGUAAUAAUUUACUGCCAACACUCCCUUGUUUGCCAACUGCAGCCUUCUCUGUACUUUCCUUUUGCAAACAUUUUGUAUAACUAGGAAUAACCUAUAUUACUGUGAUUUAGCAGGCAAGCUGUAAGAUCUUUAUUCACACAAGCUCUGUAUUUAAACAAGCAGGUCUUGAGCUUAAGCCAACAUCCUCGCUGAAUCAAGCCAAGAUCAACUAUAAGAGAGGGGGACGUUACAGGCCAAGGGACUUUAAAACGAGGCUCAAAAUGGAACAUCACCAAGAUGUUUCAUAAGAGUUGUUUGGUUCAGGAAAUGUUUAUACAUAAAUAAUACAACUUUAUUGAGUCCAUGUAGAAGCUGUAGCCUUUGGCAUCCAAUCAGGAGCAGCAUUUCUUCUCACUUCCUCUUCUCAUGUUCUGUCAGGGUUGUAAGGGGAAUACUAAAUCAUGUUUUUGGGAUAGCGGCAAGUUUUUAUAUUCUUCUGUAUGAACAGUAUAUAUAUACAUGUGUGUGUCUGUGUGUGGAUAUGUGUUAAGUGGCUCUAACUGAGUAAUCUUUUCCACUGAUCCAUGUAACUCAGUAAUUUGUCUCAGAAGUGUAAAUGUGCCAAAAGUUAGCAACAACUAUUCUUACUGUUAGCAAAUCCCAUCAAAAAUAAAAAAUCACCAGUGUGCUCGUACAGUUCCAAAGUUUUCCAAGUGUAAGCUAUAUAAAUAUAUUGUUUUAUAAAAAAUAUUAAUGUCACAUAGACAAUGAGAUGAGAUAUGUAGGACUGUUUGGCACUGAAUUGCUGAAUACACUGGAUGUUUGUCAGAGCAACAUUUCACUGCCUUGAGUGUUGCUCUGACAAACUCUUAACUGUUAUUAUUUCACAAGGAACAGUUGAUUUUUUUUCUAGGAUUUGUUGCUAUUUUUUAAGUGUUUUUGUUCAGGAGUUCGUUUUUUUGUGUGUUUUUUUUUAAAUUCUCGUAUCUCUUUAAGUCUCAUACUCUUCUUAACUCACUGGGAACAGUUUGACGUAGGAAAUUUCAUAUCCCUUUUCUAACCACUGGUAAUUUCAUGUCACAUGAUUAGCACCUGUCACUUGUGAGAUACAUGGUAUGUGGUCUCUAAAAGCCAAAUGCACUAUAUUGUUUCUAUUUUUGUUUGAGCCGUGACUCUGCUUAUGCAACUUUUGUCAAGUUCACUGUGAAAUCAAUCCACACAAACUCUGGUGGUAAAAGUUUGAUUUCAUUCUAUUCUUCAGAUAAGAGCUUGUACAAAUCAGGAAGCCUCUGGUACAGUACCGAGAUUAAUCAUUCACCAACAAGUCAAUAAUUUGCCAUUGAUUUUUUAUGAUGAAAAAACAUGAGCUUCACAAUAAAGCAAUUCUAAUUUAAGCUCUACUUUCAACUUUGAAUCAGAAGAAACACUUACUACCAAAAAUGUUAAAGGAUCACCUGUAAACUUUUGUAUACACUGUGUUUUUAAAUCUGUGAAUUUAUACUCCAGUUAAGUGUAGAAAAACCUUACUCUGAUCUGUUGACUACAAAGAAAGUUUAAGUUUCUUUACAGUUUGCUUUAUUUGAAAGACAUCUGUUCAUUAUUGUUUUGUAAUAUGAUUAAAAGUUCUA